AUGCCAAGGACCCAGUCCUUGGGAGAGUACUUCAUUACAGGCAUGGGAAAAGCCCCCUGUGCCACGCCCCUGAUCUGCAGCUUUGGGCGGCCGGUGGACCUGGAGAAGGACGACUACCAGAAGGUGGUGUGCAACAGCGAGCAGUGCCCCUGCAGCAGCUGGAUGCACCUGCAGUGCUUCUACGAGUGGGAGAGCAGCAUCCUGGUCCAGUUCAACUGCAUUGGCCGGGCGCGCAGCUGGAACGAGAAGCAGUGCCGCCAGAACAUGUGGACCAAGAAGGGUUACGACCUGGCCUUCCGCUUCUGCUCCUGCCGCUGUGGGCAGGGCCACCUGAAGAAGGACACGGACUGGUACCAGGUGAAGCGGAUGCAGGAUGAGAGAAAGAAGAAAUCCGCGGGGACAGAGAAAAACACAGGGAAGCCCCCCGGGGAGGCGGGGGAGGAGGCGAAAAAGUGCAGAGCCCUGAACAAGCCCUCCAAAGGCCUGAACCACGAGUUGCCCCGGCGGCAUUCCAUGGACCGGCAGAACUCCCAGGAGAAAGCUGCCAGCGCGGCGGCCUACGGUGCCCGCUCCCCCUGUGCCUCCCCCGGCCAGUCUCCACCCACCGGCUACUCCAUCCUCUCCCCUGCCCACUUCAGCGGCCCCCGCUCCUCCAGGUACCUCGGGGAGUUCUUAAAGAACGCCAUCCACCUCGAGCCUCACAAAAAGGCCAUGCCCGCGGGCCACGUGUUCCGAAGUGCCCACUUGGAUUACGGCCCCGUGGGGCUGUCGGUCCACCGGGGGGCACACUUUGACGCGCCCGUGCAGUUCCUGCGGCGCCUGGAUCUGUCUGAGCUGCUGGCGCACAUCCCCAGGCACAAGCUGAACACUUUCCACGUGCGCAUGGAAGACGACGCCCAGGUGGGCCAGGGCGAGGAUCUGCGCAAGUUCAUCCUGGCGGCGCUCAGCGCCAGCCAUCGGAAUGUCGUGAACUGCGCGCUGUGCCACCGAGCCCUCCCGGUGUUCGAACAGUUCCCACUGGUGGACGGAACUCUCUUCCUGAGCCCAUCGAGACACGAGGAGAUUGAAUACGAUGUUCCUUGUCAUCUGCAAGGGAGACUCAUGCACCUGUACGCAGUGUGUGUGGACUGCCUGGAGGGGGUGCACAAGAUCAUCUGCAUCAAGUGUAAGUCCCGGUGGGACGGCAGCUGGCACCAGCUGGGCACCAUGUACACCUACGACAUCCUGGCCGCCUCGCCCUGCUGUCAGGCCCGCCUGAACUGCAAGCACUGUGGGAAACCGGUGAUUGACGUGCGCAUCGGGAUGCAGUACUUCUCCGAGUACAGUAACGUCCAGCAGUGUCCGCACUGCGGGAAUCUGGACUACCAUUUCGUGAAGCCAUUCUCCUCCUUCAAAGUCCUCGAAGCUUAUUGAUGACAGCUUUGCUUUAGUAAUAGCUAUUUUAUUGGUAUUCUUACUUUAUUACGUAUCUUUUAUAGGGAAACAUUAUGUGACAUUCAUUUCUUCUCUUCUUUGAAGGAGAGUGACUGUGUGUGUGCCACUAAAAUGGACCCCCCCCCCCUUGUGCGCUGAUUCCCGGGUGUCUGUCGAGGUUUGACCGGAACCCACACGGGUGGUCCUGUGAGGUUGGGGUAGCGGGUGGUUCCCCAUUGGGUGGAGUCUGUGCAGCUUUAAGGUGGGGUGAGGAGGACGGGGAGGUCCUGGGGGCUGAAUGCACAGCCGGGGCCAGGCGAAGUGCUCCCCAUGGUGGUCGCUGUCUGAAGACAGGCAGCUCUUCCAGGGACCCUGGGAGAAAUAAGUGACAAGUGAAUGUAAACUGGUCCCUGGAGAGCCGAGUGUGUAGCAGAUUGUCUGGGCUUAAUGCUCUUCAGCACGCUGAUGUGGCGGCGGCCUGUGCUGAGAGAUUGCUUGAUGUGGGCCAUGUGCCGUGCCCAUCACUGGUGGAAUCGAUCGCUGUUUUUCUGUACUGAAGAUGUUGCCCACAUGACAGGACAGAGAGAGGCUGUUUUUGUGACAAAUAGUUGUAGGGAAGCUGACCAGCAUCAGAGUUCAUUUGGAAAUUUGGAAACGGUGCUCAUGGAUCCAAGAGGAUUAAUCUCUCACUUGAAUUGCGCCACUGAAGUUGCCAAAACAGCUCCAGGAGGAGAUGCACACCUCGUGGGAUUUGGGUGGUCACGAUUGAUCCUUGUCACUGUGUCCUUUUGUCAGCUCUGCUCCCACGUACACGUUAUAGCCACAGACCCCCAGUGGGGAGUUUCACCACCAAGCACUGCCCCCCAGCAUCAUCUCCCCAUGCACUACCCUUUUAAUGCUGAGAAGUGCAAGAUUUGACCAAGAGAGAAAGGGAACGCUUUUCUUUUUUUUUGGAGAGUGCACAUGUGAGAGAAAGCGAAGGAAAAGAAUAAUUUCAAUAUUGUUAAGUGUGUUUCAUUUUGAAAAAAAAAGCAGUAAUCAUAACAAUAAGAAAAAGCACAUAUUCCUAAGGUCCUUACACCUUCAUGAGUUGCCAUUGAGCGAUUCAAGUCAAAACAAUCCCAUGUGUGCCCACCUAGGCACUGCAUUAUGUUCUCAGUGGCUGCUUUCUUUUGUUAGGGGGUUGCCUGGCCUUUCUUCUGAGCCACCUCAAACUUCCACCUUUCAAGUCCGCAGGCAUACACGUUAACCCGCUAGUACCUUUUCAUUGGUGAAAAAAGGUGUCACUAGAUAGAACUUGAUCAGUCAGAUCAUUGGGCUUUCCAAAAUUCAGCCUUUUGGUGAUUUAAAUCAGGCCACCCCAUAGAUUUAUACAGUUGGAACUGGAAUGUGACUUAUUCUUAAAAAUGUGUCUGUUAAUUUCAACUAUGUACAUGCUAAGAGAAUGUGGAACAUACCAUG